AAAAAAAAAAAAAAUGGAAACCCAUCGACGGAGUCCCUUCAAGCGUAACAUGAUCAGUAGUCGUGAUCCACGUUGUUAUGCGUGCAAUGAGUGCCGAGUCCGGAAGCAGAAGUGCUCUAAGGAUAGACCAUCUUGUACGGACUGCAGUACAUUUGGUCGACCCUGUACAUAUCCUUCCAAACAAGUUCGAAGCCCUUUACAACGCUGGUAUGUGAGUUAUUUGGAAUCGCGCUUGAUGGACUUCGAAUCCGCCUUCAAGUUUCUAUUCCCCGGAGCGGAGCCGGAUAUGCUACUGGAAUCGAUAUUGGCCGCAAAGCGCGGAUGGGAAUCCUAUCGCUCAGAAUUAUAUCUUUUUUCCCUGCCUUCAUCACCGACCUCUACGGAAACCAGCAACAGCUCAUGUUCGGUACUCCACCCUGACCCACCUAUGAACGCGACGCCAGCCUCCCGAAUAGCAUGUGAGGAUGAUGGCAUGUCUCCGGCGGGACUGAGCGAGACAGGUUUAGACGCUAUCGAGUGGUCCAUGGUGCCGAAUGACAGGAUUCUUCUCAAUAUACCAUAACAACGCUUUUAUGAAGGCGACCGAAGACUAGACGACGACCUAGACAUUUAAUUUCCGAUUCUACUAGCCAGAUUAUACCCACUCACUUUUGCACUGCAGUUGCAGUGUCCGUCGAUAUGAAGAUAUGCACACGAACUCGUGAUGAUGAUGUUAUUGGUUAUUCGCUUUAUCAAGGUCGAUAGAUAAGGGCUACAAUGAUAUGUGUAUAUUACAAGUUUGCAGCCAAUGUCAUAUGUGUUCA